AUGGAGUUGGAUAAUCAGCAGCAACCCAACCCAAUGAAGGUGAUGACCGACGAGCAGCUUGAAACUCUGAGGAAACAGAUUGCUAUCUACGCCACCAUUUGUGAACGUCUCGUUGAGAUGCACAAAACCCUCACUUCUCAACAAGAUCUUGCAGCAGGGAGAAUGGUAAGUCUAUAUGCAGACCCAAGUAUUGGUCACAAGAUGACAGCUAGGCAGAGGUGGACUCCGACGCCACUGCAGCUUCAGAUUCUGGAGCGUUUAUUCGAUCAAGACACAGGAACACCGAGCAAGCAAAAGAUCAAAGACCUAACCGAAGAGCUUAGCCAACACGGUCAGAUUGCUGAACAAAACAUCUGCAAUUGGUUCCAGAACCGGCGUGCUCGUUCCAAGAGGAAGCAGCAUUGUGGUGUUGGUUCUUCUAACAACAAAAAUGGUGAGGGUGAGGUAGAGACUGAAACUGAGACAAUGAAUGAGAAGAGAAAGAGACCAGAGAGUCUUUUUGUUGUUCUUCCUGAUGGAAAUAACAACAAUGUCAUUGGGACAACAACUACCACUAGUCCUACGCCUGAAGAUCUUUGCUUCCAGAGCCCUAAGAUGAGCUUAGAUCUUCACUUGCUAGGAGUCCAAUCAAACCCAAGGGAUGAGCAUCUUGUUGAAAGCUACAACCUUUAUGAUCAUGUUGAAGAUUAUGACAUGUCAGGCUGA